AUGAGUGAUUAUUCGUCGUUGAAAGUGGCUGAUUUGAAGGCCGAAUGCAAGAAGCGCGGCAUCCCUCAGACCGGCCUCCGCCUUAAGCAGCAUUUCAUUGACAAAUUGAUUGAGCUUGACUCACAAAACAACCAAGCUACAAAUGAAGUAGCAACUUCAGCUGAAGAAGCUACCGGAUCACAGUCAUCUGCACCAGACGCUGUUUCGCAAGAAAAGUCACAGCUCGAACAACCAGAGAAUGAACUGCUUGGACAACCAAAGGGGGAGUCAGUUUCACAAAUUGAAGAAACCCCAGCACCUGUGUCGGUAUUGGAUCCAGCUCAGGAUGGAAAAACACGGGCAGAUGAGUCGACCCAAGAAGAGGCAGUUCCGGCAGCUGAUGUGACAUCGCAAAAACCUGAAGAUGUCGCAAAGCCUGUGGAGGAUGCACAAGCAGAGACAACAACCCCUGGAAAUCAGGAUCCUGCAUCUGCAACUGACCAGCCGCAAAUGGAUGAAGCAACCCAAGAUGCGAAGAACCAGGACCCCGUGAAGGCUCAAGAAAAAGUGAUCUCCACUGCCCAAAUUUCUGAGGUUGACACCGGCUUAUCGACACCUCUCCCAGUGGAAGAGACAUUGGAGGAUACGCGCAAACGGAAACGCCGUAGCCAGAGUCCGGCUCCUACUCUAGAAGAGAUUGCGAACAGGAAGGCUCGCGCGAAGGAAACAACCCCACGUGUGUUACUGAAAGACGAUGAAGUGCCAAUUUCUCGUCCUGAGGAGCUCAGUGUUGUAAAUUCCAAAGACCAAAAAGCAGCGAAGGACCAUACAGAGAAGCAAUCUAUUGAGAUACAAACAGACUCGCACAAAACCCCUACUAAGCAAGACGCCCGAUUCCGCAACUUAUUUCCACCUGCCGGUGCAUCCUCCCAACCCGCUUCUCCUCCAAGAGAUGUCACAAUGCAAGAUGCGGACGUCACCCCCGCGUUGCACUCUGCAACCUCUGCCCUCUACAUCGACGGCCUCAUGCGCCCACUUCAGCCGACUGCACUUCGCAAACACCUAGCCAGCCUCGCAUCCACGACCGAAACUCCAGAUCCUGAUGCCAUCAUUGACUUCUAUCUUGAUGCGAUCAAAACUCACUGCUUUGUGAGAUUUGCCAGUCCCGCAGCCGCCUCGCGGGUCCGUUCUGCCGUCCACGGGACUGUGUGGCCUAACGAGCGCAACCGCAAGAAUCUCCGAGCAGAUUUUAUCCCCGACGAAAAAAUCAAAGAUUGGAUUGAGAUCGAAGAGAAAUCCCGAGACCGAGCUGGCGCUGCUGCCCGUUGGGAAGUGAGAUAUGAGACAUCUGAUGACGGCAUCACUGCCACCCUUGCCGAGGUGGGCUCCCCUCCCUCUGGACCCUCUGGACGACGUGAAUCGGGUUUCAAUCGUACUCCGCCCUUGGGCCCACGCCGCGAUAUUGAGCAGUUUGGCCGUCGCCCUUCCAACGCGCCUCUUGCAGUUCCCGCACCCCCGUCGCGACCUGGGCAGGGGUUUAAGCCACUGGAUGAAUUGUUCGAAUCUACUACUACAAAGCCCAAGCUGUACUACCUUCCCGUUCCACGUCACAUUGCUGACAAACGUCUGGACCAAUUCGAUGAGCUGAUUCAGAAGGGCACAUUCCCACGCCAUGGUGGCGAUGAAAUGCGGCGAAUUACUUUCAAAGAUGGUGAUAAGUUCAUAGACAUUGGCCCGGAACGAUUUAGCCCUGGACCUCGAUCUGGUUCCGGACGUGGACGGGGACGUGGUGGACGGCGUGGGGACUUAUGGCGCACUUGA